ACUGGCUUAUGGACUAACCGAUUUCGGUCCAAGAGCCACAAGCGCACCAAAACCACUUUGCAACUGUUGGGAUCCGCUGAACGCGACCAGUUUCUUCUCAAUUUGAACCUAGUAUACUGUUUACUGUUAAUGUGCAUAAGCUGAAGAUGUACGAGGUAAUGCAACACAAAUUUGAUGUACUAGAAUCGGUGAAUUUGCACCUGAUACGCGAUCUUUGCCGGUGGGAUGACCAACUGAAUCACAUGCAAAAACAGAUGGAGCAGCAGUUGGAUCACCUGCAACAUCAGCAAAAGCACGAACAACUGAUGCAGCUGCGGCAGCAAAUUCAGCCACAACUGCAACAGCUGCAACAGCUGAAUCAACGACUGCAAGAAUAUCUGGAGCAGGAAAGUCAGUACCUGUCAAAGCUGGUCGAGUUCUCGACUUUGCCGUUUACUCAAGAGGAUCAGAAAAUGAUGCAGGAUAGGAAACAGUUUAUGCAACAGUACAUGCAGCAGCAGCGCCAACGUAUAGAGCAACUAGAGCAGCAGCUGCAACUGGAGCAGCUGGGCUUGCAGUUGCAGCAAACGCAGCUGUUACAGUAGCUCACCACUCGCUAUGGUGGCAAUGCUCCCUUGGCUGGCCGCCACCAGAGACACUUGGCCACCUGCAUCAGCAUCGCCAUCCGAAAAGCUUUCGGAACAGCGGAAGUUGGAGUGACUCACCAAACUAGAGCCAGAGUUGGUGCUGCGCUACUCAUCUCUGAUCUUGUCUUCUUGACAAGAUCAUAUAUAUCUUUAUUUCUCUUUAUAUAAUACUGUAUUCGGUUAUACUGCAUCACUGACUGUGUUUCUUUAAAUUUACGUAAUAAAGA